UUCCCCACCUCUAUUCACUUCAGCAAUUGCAAUGGAACAAAAUAAAUAAGCGGCUAAAUUGCGCAUAAUUACGUGUAAAUUAAUUAACGCAAAUACCAUUGGCUAGAUGCUAGCAACAAAAUGCGCAGCGCGGAAACACAAGCGGCGCGUUAAAAUUAAAUAAAACACACAAAUAUAUUUUUUUUGGUGUGUGCGUGUGUGAGGCGAAGAAGCCGAGGCGAGUGAGAGAGAUAGAGGAAGAGGAGUUUCGGUGGAGCGAAGGAGAAAGCGGAGGGGAAAAAGUAAAAGUGGCGGUGUCUCUAUACGUGUGUGUGUGCCUGUGCCGAAAAGAAGUUGCAGAAAACAUUACGCAAAAUAAAAGAGAGAGAAAUAACCACAACAAAAGAUAUUGUGCAAACAACGAAGAAGGUGGUGAGGAGGGAGAAGGGGUGAACAGAGAGGAGGAGCGAGCGAGAGGGGAAGAGGAGCCCCCGUUGUAAAUCAGUGAGUGCGAGCGAGGAAGAACGACCGGCGCAAUGAGCAUCGUUGGCGAGAAUCACCCCCUCCCCCCGCCUACAGGCCCUACCAACACAGUGGUGUCCGCAUCAUCAGGAGGAGGGGUUGGCGGAGGCGGGGUCAUGGGCGUAGGCGUAACCACCGCAAAUGGCCCCCGUGUCGUCACCAUUUACAAAACGGAAACGGGAUUCGGCUUCAAUGUGCGUGGUCAAGUUUCCGAGGGGGGUCAACUGCGCUCGAUCAACGGUGAAUUGUACGCCCCCCUUCAGCACGUGAGCGCCGUCCUUGAGAAUGGGGCGGCCGAAAAAGCGGGUAUCAAAAAAGGAGACCGCAUCCUGGAGGUAAAUGGCGUCAGCGUGGAGGGAGCCACACACAAACAGGUCGUGGAUCUAAUCAAAUCCGGCGGUGACUGCCUAACUCUGACGGUGAUAUCGGUGACACAACAGGAGGCCGAUCGACUGGAGCCGCAGGAGGAUCAGAGCGGCUACUCCUACAUUGAUUACUCGGACAAGCGCUCGCUGCCCAUUAGCAUACCCGACUAUGGGAUUGUGAACCGGAACGGCGAGCGGUACAUAGUCUUCAAUAUACAUAUGGCCGGCAGGCAGCUGUGCUCACGUCGCUAUCGGGAAUUCGCCAACCUGCACUCGCUGCUGCGCAAGGAGUUCUCCGGCUUCAACUUCCCCAAGCUGCCCGGCAAGUGGCCCUUCCAGCUGAGCGAACAGCAGCUGGACACGCGGCGCCGAGGACUGGAGCAGUAUCUGGAGAAGGUGUGCGCGGUGCGGGUGAUCGCGGAGAGCGAUGCCGUUCAGGACUUUCUCACCGACACCGAGGACGACAUAUCCGCCUCGCCGGUGGACAUCAAGGUGAUGCUGCCCGACCACGAGGUGAGCACCGUGUCGGUGAAGAAGUCCUCCAACGCCCAGGUGGUGUGGGAGAUCCUCGUGCAGCGCGCCAAUCUCACCGCCUACACGCAGCAGUAUUUCUACCUGUUCGAGAUCGUCGAGUAUAACUUCGAGCGGAAGCUGCAGCCGCACGAGAUCCCCCAUCAGCUGUACGUGCAGAACUACAGCACCGCCUCAUCCACCUGCCUCUGCGUCCGCCGCUGGCUCUUCUCCGUUGCCAAGGAGCUGACGCUGCCCGAUGGCGAACAGGCCGGCCGGUUUAUCUUCUACCAGGCCGUCGAUGAGGUGAAUCGCGGCAACAUCCGCGCCGACGGUCGACUCUACGAGCUGAAGGCGCUGCAGGACGCCAAGAAAGCGGGCGACUAUCUGGCACUGGCCCGCACACUGCCCGGCUACGGGGACGUCGUCUUCCCCCACUGCUCCUGUGAUAGUCGCAAGGAGGGACAUGUGGUGCCCGCCGUGGGCAUGAAGAGCUUUCGGCUACACGCCUGCCGUGAGGAUGGCUCACUGGAGGCGCAAAUGGUCGAGCUGACCUGGGACAGCAUCACGCGCUCCGAGAGCGACGAGGAGUCCAUGUCGUUCUGCUUUCAGUACAAUCGUCCAGAUAAGCCAGCACGUUGGGUCAAAGUCUACACGCCAUAUCAUGCAUUCCUUGCGGACUGCUUUGACCGCAUCAUGGAGGAGCGCAAGUGGGACGACAGCGGCGACUAGGGAAGGCGGAAGGCGUUGCAGGAGGAGCAGGGGGAGCAGAAGGAGCCAGUGGAGCAGCCAGUGGAGCAGAAGGAGCAGCAGCGGCGCCGUCGACGGCAGG